CGUGUAGAGGCGUGUGUUGGCACGUCCAAAGUCAAGCGUUAAUAUCUAGUCGAUUGUUAUUCGAGCGUUUGUAUUCGUUUACAAUUUAUUUUUCUACACCAAACUUUAACGUUUAAUAAUUCAAGCCGGUCGACCGCCAUCGCUUUGCCGUACAAACAGAAAACGGCACCGUUGUUGAAUAGGCUGCACGUGCCGAGCUAUGUGUUUUUCAAAGGAUAUUGUCAUAUUAUCCAGAUAAAACGCAAUAUCCGAACGGAUCGGUCGUGUCAAGCCACACCGAUACGGGUAAGUUCAAGGCAGCGUCCACAUGUCUUGGAUCCGUGACAACUCGUCGAUGACGUGGCCGCAACGGUUUUGCGGCCACGUCCUGACUUACGGGCCGAUACCGAAGCACGUAGCGUUCAUAAUGGACGGCAACCGACGGUAUGCCAAAAAGAGAAACGUGGACAACAGCGAAGGACAUUCGAAAGGGUUCGAUAAACUGUCUGAAACUUUACAAUGGUGUUUACAUUUGGGCAUCAAAGAAGUUACUGUGUACGCAUUCAGUUUGGAGAACUUCAAGAGAACCCGAGAGGAAAUCGAAGCGCUGUUCGAUCUUACCAGAGAAAAAUUCAAGAAGCUCCUAGAAGAAAAAGACAAACUAAACGAGCACGGAGUGUGUGUAAAAAUUAUUGGAAAUCUAUCGAAACUGCCAGACGAUUUGACCAAACUGAUGGCCGAAUCCAUGUUGGUCACCAGACACAACACUCAAGCGAUCCUGAACGUGGCUUUUGGCUAUACAGGUCACGACGAGCUGACCAACGCUAUGAGUCAAAUAGCCAACGGCGUCAAAGAAAAUCAUUUGGACUACUCCGAUUUAAGCGUCGACAUGAUCGACAAGUGUUUGUAUACAUAUCCGUCGCCGCCGCCAGACCUGUUGAUACGCACGUCGGGAGAAACCAGACUUAGCGACUUCAUGAUAUGGCAGUGUUCGUACAGUUAUAUUUAUUUUACGCCCGUGCUGUGGCCGGACUUCACGUUGUGGGAUUUUCUGACCGCCGUGUUCAUGUACCAAAGAAACGCUCAUUUGUUUGACGACUACAAAACGCCAAACAGCAUGAGUGCCAAAGCCGACAAAUUCGUCAACGACUUACGAGAAAAACGGUUAAACCGACUGUACACGGUCCUAUGAUUUUUUUUUUUUUAUUAUUAUUGUUGUUUCUUUUUUUUUUAAAUAUUAUUUUUAAUAAUGUUCUUAACGUACUUAUUCCAAAAACAAAAUGGUACGUAGUAAAUUUAAGUAUAAUUUAUUUAUAAAAUAUAGGUAAUUUAUUUUUAAAGAAAACAAAAUUCCUCUUGAAACUACUUUAUACGUUGUAAUUUGUUUAACAGUACGUAUUUUUGCCGCGUUCUUAACGUUAUUAGUUGUCGCGAUCUCAUUGUUUCAACGUUCGACCUGUUCGAAUACUUUUAAAUACAUAUUUGCUGCAAUCUUUUGAACAUUUGUUAUAUUUCAAUUUUGUUAUCUCAUUUACAUAACGCGUGAAUAAAAUAUAUUGAUAAUUUUCUAACGACGUUAAGAAAUAAUUUUUCCUAUUUCGCAUUGACUUGCCAAUUUUUUUUUUUUUUUAAACACUUAUCUAGACGAGUUUGUGCCGUUAAGUAUACAAAACUAUGACAUCACGGACUUUUAUUCUUAGAUCACUUGACCUGGG